CCCGACUAAACCAUAUAAAUUGCCACAUUAACAAGAUAAUGAUGAAUUUAGAUACAAUGUGUCAUUUUUAACCGCACCUGGGACAGUUUACAUUAGAAUAAAAUUUUGAGAAUGGUGAAUGUUCAGAUAUUAGUGUUUUUACUAUAUAGUUUUCAAUUUGUAAAUGGAGAGGCAACGGAAUCCGGCACUGUAUCUACUUCAAGUCAAGAAGCUCCAAUACCAGAUGAUUCUCAAGCCCAAAUAAUAUCAGCUGAACUGAGAGAAUGCGGUUUACGAAUAACAGGACCUGGUUUAACAUGGCAGAAAGUUACUGUUUGCUCCACAGCGUACGCCAAUCCACCAGAGAUACCAAAAAUAAAGGGAACUCUUGGAGUUACUGGAAUACAAGGACUUAAAGGGGAACCAGGAUUAAAAGGAGAACCAGGGGCUCAGGGGAGCCUAGGGUUGAAGGGAGAACAAGGCAUACAAGGACCACCAGGAGUAAAAGGAGAGCCAGGAUUAAGAGGAGUUUUAGGUCCAAUGGGUCCUCAAGACCCAGGUUCAGUAGGGUUCCAAAGACGUGGCUUAGUGGGACAGAAAGGUGACAAAGGAAGGAUAGGUAAAGAUGGUAGUGGGGGAGAAAAGGGGGAUCGAGGUUCUACAGGACCUAAAGGAGUGAAAGGUGAUCAGGGUGCCUCAAUUCCCGGUCUUCAGGGACCUCCCGGUCAACCAGGUCCUUACAAUGUAUACAGCCAUCUCUUGAGUGUUGAAUCACCGAAGAACGACUUUGGAGAGGUACUAGAGUUUGAAGCGCGCAACAGGUAUCCCGGUACCCAGUUGAAUCCAGCGAAAUCGUGCGCAAACAUUGAAGAUGAUGGCAGUACUGAUGGAGAUUACUUUCUGAACCCCGAUAGCAAGUUUAUUGCGAGGUGUGAUUUUAUAAAACAAAGCGCGUGUCUUAGUCUAGAGUAUGACGAGGAACCUAAACUAUGCGACAGGAAGCCAUGUUGGCUGUUGAAGUCUGGGUUCAAUAUUGGGAAGUUUUAUAGAAAGCAAUUAAAAAAUAUAAAAUAUUUAAGCACCCUUACCGGAACGACACAUUCCACUCACAAGAUUACCAUUAUUUGCAAAUACCUGAGAUUGAGUGAAGAAUCAAAUUUGCAAAUACAAUUAUAUCACAUGCUGUUAAUUGGACCUGAAGCGUCCAACGAGACGCCAUUGCAUUAUAAAGUCAAUAGUGAGAAUUGUAAUUCAGAGACUGACGAAGGAUCUGCUGAAAUAGAAAUAACCAUAAUCGGUCCAUUCUUACCAAUUACGGAUUUUUAUAUAAGAGAUUUUAAUGAAAAAUCUGAACUUAUAUUUGAUAAAACUGAAGUCUGUUUUUAUUAUAAAUAAACGUAAAAUAUUUUUUAUACGUGUGAAGAAAAUAAACCUUUUAAUGUGUUCCUCGACAUA